CCAGGGCCCUAGUCUGCCUUCGAUCACCUCCCCGGCGCGGUUCUAGGCGGAGCAGCACCUCCCGGACUCAUUUCCCGUCUCCUGAUUCCUGCUGCUGCCGCCCAGAGGAGAAAGGAACCUCUGCCUCCAAUUUUCCUUGGCGCUGGGCGCUGCAGAGCAAAGUGGGGGUGAGUGCCAGGCAGAGAAGGCGAUGAAUGAGUUCUCCCUUCCUCUCGGAGUUGUCUGAGUUGGCGGCGUGUUCCUGGGCUCCCAGCUCCUGGCGCCCCCACGCGCUCCCUGCUCCCGAGCUUCUGUCCCCUCCCCAGUGGAGAGAAGACAAGGGCUGUCCCCGGCGGAGGCGUACGGCCGCGCGGUCUUCCCUCGCGCUGCAGCCCCAUCGGUCUCUCCAUGGCGUCUCAUCAGCAAACCCGGAUCCAGGCUUACCUGGAGAAGAACAAGAUCGGUCCCCUGUUUGAGGAAUUAAUGACCAAAUUAAUAACUGAGACUCCUGACCAGCCAAUCCCAUUUCUCAUUGACCAUCUUCAGUCUAAACAAGGAAGCCGUGGACAUCUUCAAAGAACUCUGUCUGGAUCUGCAGCUCUUUGGGCAGAAAGUGAAACAUCAGAACAUAAAGGACCAAGAAGAGAUUUCAGAAGUUAUGAUAAACCCUGGCAACUAAAUGCAAAGAAGCCUAAAAAGUCGAAAAGUGACCUUGCUGUGUCUAAUAUUUCUCCACCGUCACCAGAAUCCAAAUCAUUACCGAGGUCAGUAGAGCAUCCUAAGUGGAAUUGGCGAACUAAACCAGAAAGCCGUGAUUUUGAUGAAUUGAACCACAUCCUUCAAGAGAGCAAGAAGCUGGGGAAAGCCCUUGAGAAUCUCUCUCGAAGUAUUGCAAUUUCAGAUGAACUCGAUAAGGAAACGGUGGCCUUUAAUUCAUCUCUUUUGAGACCUCGUGUGAUUGGAGAAUGGAUUGGUCGAGAAGAAAAUGAUGCUGACCCACUGGCUGCUGAAAUGCUACAGCCCCCCAUUCCAAGAAGUAAAAAUGAACAGUGGGAAAGUGAAGAUAGUAGCUCUAGUCCUGCAGGAAGCUUAAAGAUGGAGCCGAAGACUAAAGGAUUAAAACAGCAGCAACAACAACAUAAGAAACUUCUGGCAGCAAUGCUCUCUCAAGAUUCUUUUGACUCCAUCCCCAGUCCCACCCCAUCUGUAACAGAAGAAGAUAUUGACAAUGAAGAUGAUGCAAUGGAAUUGCUGGAGGAUCUUGAUGACUUAAGAAUGGAGGGAGUAACUACCCUGGUGCCUUCUGGGAGUAAAUUUAACCAAGGUCGUGCUGCUCACCCUGCUGAACCUCAGGCCAAGGUCACACUGAACAUCUGCUCAAGGUGUGCCAGGCUUCAAGGAGACAACCUGGCUGAAAGGACAGAAGAAACAUCACAAUUACUUCAUUCUCCAGAUGAAAUAAUCCCCGAUUCUUUGGAUUCUUUACCCGGGACUGAAGAAGCACUAAUGGAGGAGGGUGAAGAAUUUGAGAAAGCAUCAAAAUUAACAGGAACUGGAGAAGCCUCCAGUGGGGGACACUCAUUGAAAAACCACAUGGAAGAAGAUGAAUCCUUAAAACAAUUGCAGGUAGUUCAUCAACCAUGGAUCUUGCCAAGUGACACAGAGAGUGAAGGAGUAGAAGCAGAACAAGAUAAACGUCUGUGAAACAGGCAGAAGAAGUUGCAAGUGGUCCUUAAAGAAAUCACAAUUAUUCAAAUCCUUAAUUUUAUUGACUGUGUAUAAUCAUUUAGAGAAUGGUUAUUUUUAUAUCAAUAAUAAACAAGUUCUGUUGUGACCAGGGGGUGCCCAGGUGUGUAAUCAGAGAAUGCUAACCAUGGCAGAGGACUCUGGGGAGGUCGGGGCCUGCUGCCCUUUGACAUAGUUAGUGUCCUGGGUUUCAAUUACUUUAUACCUAGUUAUUAAGAUUAAUAUUUGAUAUAUUAAAUAUUGCCUGAUUCAAAUAACUUUGCGUAAAAUUUUUCUGUAUUUUAAAUUGUCUGGGGUUUUCUACGCGUUCUAUUUUUAUAGUAUUUUAUCAUUUUUUAAAUUAAUAAACAUUAUACUUACCCACAUGUGCCAUGGCUUGCCAUUUAGGUCUUUCCAGGAGUUAGCUUUUGGAUUAUCCUCACCUGUCAUACGUGUAUUCUCUGUCACUGCUCCUUUCUACAAUUAUCUUCCAUCUUCCUAUCAAAACAAAUUAUUGAUAUGUUAAUGCUAAGCAGAUCAGUAAGGAAUGAAAUGCAUGUCCCCAAAACAAAUGCGAUGAAAAUUGUGUCACCAUUUACUCAAUUGCUGAACCCAAUUAAGAUGAUCAGCCUUAAAAUUUGAUAUAUGCUCGCUUUUGGAAUGUGUUAUGCUUUGAUGCUAAAUGAAUGGAUGAAGGUAAAUCUAUUGAGUAUCUUUACUCUCUGUUUUUUCUUAUUUGUCUUAAUCUAAGUUUGCUUUCUGUACUCUUAAUGCAUAAGGUUAAAUUUUCUAAAACUGCCUGUAUAACUAUCAAAGAAAUAAAUGUUAAAGGCUAAAACAUGGUUAAAGA